UUCUCUUUCAUUUCCAUCUCUCAUUCACUGAAAAGUCUAUAAAUAUAGUAGUCAUCACUUUAUCCAUAUCCUUCACUUUCUAACACAAUUUCUUCUCCUAUGGCUUCCUUAGCUUUAAACGCAGAAGCUCCCGAAUUUCACCCCACCAACCAAGUUCAAAAACUUCAACCUCCAUACCUCACUUUUUCUCCUCUCAGACAUCAACCUUCUUACCCUUUUUUCUAUUACUACUACCCUACUGCCACAAAGCAUCACUUUCACUCAUCCACCUACUUCUCCUUUCGCUUUCACACAAACCAACAUAUCACCACCGCAACUCCCUCUUUCCCGCCAUCUAGCGGUAUGAUUAAGGAAAUAGCGGUGGAGGCGGCAUCUUCAGAGGGUAAUGCUAAUGGUUCCAAACAGGUUUUUAGUGAUGGAGAUAUGGAAGACCGUCGUUCUCACAGAUUCAGAAUCCCGAGGCUUCAGUGGAGGAGGAAGGGAGUAGAUGGUGCUGAAAAAUAUCCUAACCUUAAGAGUGAGAGUCAGAGAAAGAAUCAUCACAAAAAAUAUGUUAAUAUCUAUGAACAACACUCUAGGGCUUCCACCGACAGGAAGAAUAAAGGAAGUGUUUUUCCAGUUGUUCCAGUUCGUCCGGACGGAGAUGAAACAACUGUUAUGAUAAGAAACAUUCCUAGCAAAUACAAGUACGCUUCUUUCUUUCUUCCUUGA